CAAGUUGGCUAUUUUGAAACUAUACUAGAAUAAUAAUUGUUAUUUAAAGAUAAAUCACAUUGUAUUAAUUAAUUAAACCAUGCAGUCAGGUGUUAGAUAUAUGAAAUUAGAGUAAUGUUAUGUGAAAAUUAAAGUUAUAAUAAUUUUGAAUCACUAUUUCGUAAGACUUGUGAAUACGCAUCAUGUUUUUAUCAACUUUCACGAUUUUUUGUAUUUUGGAAACGCUGCUGUUAACUCACGCUUUUCUCAAUAAAAAAUCCUUAAAGAUCUUCCAAAGACCAGACAAUCUAAAGGACGAUUCGUUGUAUGGCUUUAGUAUCGCUUAUCAAUCCAAAAAUUCGAGAUUGCUUGUGAGUGCGCCGCAAGGGUCCCAUGCGGGCCAAAUUUACUACAUCGAUGUGAAAACUGGAAAAAUAAAUAAGGAGCCUUGGGAGGCACAUUUCAGAAAGACGUUUGGAGUUAAAGACGAUCAAAUAAAAUAUAAUUGGAUGUUGGGUGCGACUGUUACAGCAGGUCCUGACUUUUACGUGACAUGUAUUCCCCGAUAUGUUGAAAUGAAACCUACCUCAAGAACAAGCACAACGAAAGUACCUGCAACCUUAAGCAUUUGUUUUAUAAAACAGAACGAUACUCACGACUUGGAACCUAUAGCGGAAGAAGAUCGAUUUCAUAAUACAAAGGUUUUUAGAGACAGAUUGGACUCGUUCGGUUGGAGUAUCCACGUGGUUUCUAAUCAGAAAGAUAUUCUUAUUGGUGGAGCUGCAAUGAAUAAAGGCCGAGUUUCUCUUUACAACGCAUUGAAAAAACAUAGCAAACCAAAAUUGAUUAAUCAAAUAAGUGCCGACAAUCCCGUCAAAUAUAAUUUCGGUUACAGUGUAUCGAGUGGCCAGUUCUUUUCUAAUCAAACUGUUUAUGCAAUUAGCACAACUUUUGGCGAUAAAGGUUAUGGAAAGGUAUACUUCUUCAACACAAACCUUGACAACAUCGGAGCGAUCAAAGCUGAUCACGUGGGGUCUAUGUAUGGCGCGGCGCUGUGCUCGGCCAUGUUGCGCGGCGCCGCUUUGCUCGUGGGAGCACCGACGUACGCCGAAAACCAGUACAGCCACGACGUGGGCGCUGUGUACAUAUAUGCUGCUCAAUCGAUUGGAUCAAACAGUAUGGCAGAAAAGAUAGUACUAAAAGGUUCUAAAAGCGGAGGAUUUUUUGGCCACAGCAUUGUUUCUCUUGGAGACCUGGACGAUGAUGGCAACGAUGAAAUAGCAAUAGCUGCUCCAUAUGAAGAUAAUGGCAAAGGGGCGGUGUAUAUUUACUCUGGUGUUGGUAUUUUAGAAGGUAAAAUAAGGAAAAGGAUUCAACCUGAAGGACUGUACUCUUUUGGGUUCAGCUUAGCAACUUUGCAAAAACAAAAUGAAUGCAAUGGACUGGCAGUUGGGGCAAUCGGUACUAACAGCAGCGUCGCUGUACUCAAUGGCAUGGCAUCCAUCACCGUAAAGUUAAAUGGCUCAAUAGAUAAUGUAAAAAAUAUUAAGAAUGAUAAAAAACGUAAGGAGCUUGAAAUAACCUCGUGUAUCUCUGUUGAUUAUCCUAAAAAACCAGUUAAAAUUAAGGCAGAUUUAGAAAUAACGGUUAAGAUCUCCAACAGUGAACUAUGCACACUACUCAAGGGUGAAGAUAAAUUGACCUACGUCCAGAAUAUAAUAGAGAGAAAAAGUAAAUUAUGUCAAAAUAAUAUAAAAGCUAUUUGCAUAAAUAAUGAAUACAGCAACCUCGUAAUAUCGUACGAAAUAACUGCAACUUUGAAGGAAGAUCCUGAGAAUACCACUGAAUAUGACCCUUCAAGCGUGUUACUCAGUGAACGCAGUAGUCUGUUCUACGAAGCUAACGAAUACUCGUCUUGCGGAGGAAAAAUUUGUAAACCAAUGCUUAAAUUGCACAUUAGUUCUACCUUUGCAAAACCGUAUUACAUCGUUGGUUCGUCAACGUCUGAGUACGUUUCGGUCAACGUGUCAAACACCGGGGACACGGCGUACGGGGCCUGUGUUGAACUGCGCAUACUGGGCGCCCUGGUCUCGCGGUAUCCCACUGAAUGCACCGUUCUAGCUGGCACCGAUACAAUCCUAUGCAAAAACAAACACUCUAUUAGCAAGGAUCAGCAGUGGAUUAUAGGUAAUAUCAAAUUGGAACCACGGCAAGAUAUAACGAGCACGGAUGAAUAUUAUGUGGAACUCAAGUCCGCGUUAUACAACGACUGUAACAAACCAGAUCAAGUUGAUGACGAGGUUACGGAAACAUAUGACAUAAAAGGCGACACUGAUAACAUUCAUAUAACAGGACAAACAAAUCCUGAAGGAGACGUCGAUGUCACCCCUACAGGUCUUCGUACUGAGCGAAAAUCUUUUGAACAUUUAUAUAUUAUAGAAAACAAGGGUAUCACAAACUGGAAUGGUAUGCAAGUUCAGAUCAUUCUACCGAACGCGUCAUACAUCGGAUAUCCAGAAGUGCCUAUCAAAAUCUACACAGUUACGUCUUACCUGGAAUGCGCCAUAGACAACAGGACGCAGGUUGACGACGGAAUCGUGACGACGUGUAACAUCGGUGAUCUGCUGAGAUCAGACAAAACUUCGCUCACAAUAUCUAUGGAAAUCGUUCCAAAUACCUUAGAACUAGACGAAAUUAAGCCAAAUGUCACGGUUACUACCACUCUCAAACUGUUGAAUACCAGCAAGUUUUUAAGUAAAGAAUCAUUAGUAAAACUACAAGUAGCGAGCGUGCCAACAUGGGUGAUCGCAACAGCUUCUGUCAUUGGAUUACUGCUUUUUGGACUCGUAGUCUUUGCUCUUUAUGAGUUUGGAUUCCUCAAAAGAAAGAACAAAGAUAAGCUUGUGGCGCUGAAGAAAGAAGUCUAUCGUCAAAGUGUUCGCCGUUCACACAUUCGAGACAGCAUGAGGGCGGCUGCAAAAAGAAAAAGCACAGAAGACAUUCAGUUCCUAACUGAUGCUGAAGAUAAUAUCCAGGAAAGGGAGAUGACUAUUGAUGAACAACUACAACAACGUUAUAAAUAAAUGCCUUAUUUGUC